AAACAGACACUGUGGGAAGCAGAAUGUCGGAAGAUAUUGAAGAAAUUGAAAAAGAAGUAGAAAUGGAAUUAGACAGAAUCAGUGUUUCUUCGUUUGGAACAGAUGAUCCUGAUACCUCGGAGGUAUCAGACGAGCCCUUCAGUGACAGUGAGACAAUUUCAGAUGACUUACCAGAAUCAGUUCUCUCCUAUUUAAACUUUAUCAAGAGUAGCAAUCAAGAUGCUGAAAAGCUUAUACUGCAGGACUUGGAAGGUGAGCAAAGUACAAGUAAGCAUUGUGACAUUUAUGGAUUUGUUUCUUGCCAUCCUUUUGAAUCAUAUGAAGAUUCAAAACAAUUUAAUGAAAAGAUACUGCUUGAAGUUGAAAAUGAAGAGUUGAAGAUUGCUAGAACACCUGAUUGUAGACAGUCCAUCAGUGAUGAAGUGGGCACUGAUGACGACUUUCUUACAGCUGAUCUUGAAAUGAGCAUAAGUCUUGCCCAUUGUGAAGUAGAGGAGUGUAGACCAGCAAUUGCACUUGAAGAUGAGAAGAUGAAAAAGUGGAAAGCUGAGAGAGAAUCACGAGAAAAAAAGAAUGAAGAGGAACACGCAAGAAGAUUGCAGCAUCUGGAGCAAUUUGAGGCUGAAAGAAUAAAGUUAGAUCUUCUUCAUAAGAAACGCCAAGCUGCAAUAGAAGAUGAGUUACAGAAGGAAGAGGAAGCUUGGAGAGACAAAAUGAGGCAGCAUGAGGCAUUGAUCUUGAAGCUACAGUUGCAAAUGGAAGAGGAGAAAAAGGCCUUGGAAGAACAGAAAGCAAAAGAAAGACAACAACUGGCUGAACAACAGAAUAUAGCAGCUGUGAAAAUCCAAGCUAGAUUUAGAGCAUUUUUAGUCCGUAAAAAAUAUGCUCCCAUUUUAAAACAAUGGAAAUAUGAAAUAAGAAAGAAGCAGAAAAUACUAGAGGAAAUAGAGAGAGAAAUGAAAGAAAGAGAGGAAAAACUGAACAGGCGAAUGGAAGAAAACAGGUUAAAGAGAAAAGAGGAAAGAAAGAGACAAGAAGAAAUUGAAAGACAAGAAUAUUUGAAACAGUUGAGGAGGUGUGAGGAAUAUGAGAAAAAGAAAGAAAGCCUGAGAUUGGAAAGAGAAAAGCAACUGCAAAUAAGAAGAGAAGAAGAAAAAAAAUUAGAACAAAAAAGAGCAGAAGCUGUGAUGAGUGAAAAUGUAGAAAAUAACACAGGAAACAUAAAAAAGGAUUAUAAGACAGAAAAUAUGAAAGUAAUUAGAGAAGAGAAGGAGGAACUAAAUAAACAAGUAAAGGAACCAAAAGAAAAACAUGCUGAAAUGAUGGAUGAAACAAAUAAUAGGAUGAUGCCAGCAGAAAGAAAUUUGACACCAAGUGUGCUAGGCUCUGAGAAGGAACACUCUUCUCAAAUGAAUAGUGAGAACUUAUAUAUUAAUUCAGUAACACAAGUAGAAGAAAAUUACUCACAAACAAGUUAUCUUGGUAAAGCUUCAAAUGGUCAUAUAUCAAAGGAUGAAUCUCUUAAUUUCAGUGCUAAUUACAUGGUAGAAAAUAAGGCAAAAUGCAUAUGCUGCAGCCCACCAAAUGUCCAGCCAAAUGCUAAUAAUAGAGAAAUUAAAGAUCGAUUUUCUCAGUAUGAAACCAUGAAGAAAACUUUAUUUCUGAUGGAAAGUGCUACUGAAGAAGUCAGAGACACCUGGGACAGCAGUAAUGAUGUGGCAGAUUCUUCUAGUAAAGUAAUUUUUCCUGAUGAUAUUGAAAAGAAGAGAAUAAACUGGAUGAAAACAUGCAAAUCUUGGUCUAAAAUAUAUGAAGAAAACCAAAGAAAACAAGCAAUUGUAAGGAAACGACUAAGGAAAAGUUCAGUUAGCAAGAUGCCUCCACUAAGUACAGAAAAGAUAAUUCAUAGUGGCCCUUGGAGGACCUUGCAACAGGUCACAACCCUUACACUCGAAGAUUUGCCAGCUUGUAGCCUCUCAACCUUAUCUGAGUGUUCAAAUCUUCAAGUUUUGACUCUGAGGCGCUGUGGACUGGUUGCACUGGAAGGACUAAGUAACUGCAAAGACCUGAAGUACAUCAAUGUGGAGGAGAACGGUAUUCAGGUUAUUGACUGUGCAAAUCUAGAAAAUCUCUGUAUUCUCAUUCUGAAUAAGAACAGUCUUUCAUCAGUUUGUGGCUUAGAUGGAUGCAAAAAUCUCCAAAAUCUUGAACUUUCCUACAAUAGAAUCACUCGAAUUGGUGGUCUGGAGUCACUGAAAAAUCUUCAACAAUUAAUUAUGGACCAUAAUCAGUUAAUCAGCACAAAAGGUCUUUGUGAGGUACCUACUCUCAUUCACCUAGACUGCUCUUUCAAUCAUCUCGCACAAGUCGAAGGCAUUGAGAAUUGUGGCCUACUUCAAGUUCUGAAGUUGCAGGGCAAUAAUCUCCAGGAGCUUCCAAGACUGGAAAAUCAUGUUCUCUUAAGAGAGCUAUAUUUGGAUGACAAUAGCAUUUCUUCUAUGAGAAUGCUUUCUUUGUAUUGGUUGCCUCUAUUGCAGAUUCUUUUGCUGUCUCAAAACAGGUUAACUGACCUUGUGCCUUUAUAUUCAUUUGUGUUUUUGGAAAAGCUAGAUAUCAAAAAUAACUGCUUGUCAGAUCUUAAAGAUGUCCAUACAUGGUUUAGUGGCUGCCAUAAACUAAAGGAAUUGUCAUUGAGUGGGAAUCCCCUUCUUCAAGAAAAGAACUGGAGGUCUUCCGUAUUGGAGGUCCUUCCUAAUUUACAGUUGCUUGAUGGUGAAAUCUUAACCCUUCAUACUUUACCCACAACUGAAAAAAUCAAAGCAUCAGAAUUAGGAACUUUUCUUGAACUUUGUCAAGUUCAAAUUGAAGAAUAUAUUCAACUGAAAAAAAAGGCUGCUGAAUUGGAAAUUGCCUCUUCUAUUGAUUCUGCACUGGGACAAUGCUGGUAUUUUAAUCAGUUGAUGAAACUUAGUAUUAAACAUCGAUAUGUACAUGAGUACGGUGAACUAAACAUUACUGACAGAGAUGGACCAGAAGCUCUUCAAAAUCGUUUAAAGCAAACAUCCACUGGCUGCUUACAGGAGAAUAACUUCUUUAUCAUGGAUGUGACAGAAAAUAAACAGGUCUUGUUGGAUCCUUCCAAAAGAUGGAUUACUACUGGUGAUACUCAGGCCACAUUCAUUAACUCCUCCGUACCUGUGCACCAGAAGGAAAAUAGAGGAGAUCAGAGAGUGAAGCAGAAGAGCACUGAAUCUUGUAUUAAUUACAGUGUGGAGAGCAAAGGCAACAAUAACAUGUCAGGCCAACUCAUAUUGCAACAAUCAGUGAUAGUAGCAAGUGAUAUGGGAAAAGAUUUCCAGCACUCUGGGAAUGAUACAGAAAGACUACAUAUGGCAGCAUCCUUGAUCCAGUCGUUUUGGCGGCAGUACCAUAGUCAGAGGAAAAAUGACUACAAUAAAACAGAAAAUCAUCAGUUUGUAAAAGCUUUGAGACAGAAACAUGAAGCUGCCACAGUAAUCCAGGCAUUUUGGAAGGGUUUUCUUUUGCGAAAGAAACUGUCCAGCGCUCUUGCAGAUGUUAAAAGUGAUGAAGUGGAAGAUGAAUAUGAAGAAAUAAAUGUGGAUGCUUUCACAUUUUCUGAAGCUGCAUUAGAGAAGGAAUGGCUAACUCUAGAUUCCACCCGUUUCCCUUCAAAAACACUCCUGCUCUCAAACCAGCUGCACUGGCCAAAGUCUUCUAGGCCUUCAGAUUCCAGAGAACAUUCAAAUAGUUUGCCAUUAGCACCACAAGAAGUUUGGCAGUGUGCUAACAGACCACAUUCAUACUCAGCAGAAAAAAUCCAUUUUCAUAGCAGGUCAGGGAAGGAAACAAUGUCACAGCUUUCUAACUGGAAAGAAAAAAAGGAAUUUUUAUUUAUGUCUGAAAAAGAAGAGAAAAUAUCAGAAGAAUGGUAUGUUUAGCUCUUUUAUAAUACAUGUGAAAUAUUUAGUAAGUUAUUUUCUUCCCUUAGGGGUUUCAAGGAUAUUUCUACUGCACAGCUAAUGCUGAAGAGGGCCCAUAAAAUGAAACCUAAAAAAUGCAGUAAUAAAAGUUUAGACCCAGCUGUGCGCCUGGCGUUGUUCAAAAACAAUGAAAAUAAACAUCUCUCUGUGAAACCACCAGGGAAGACACAGCCUAUAAGUGCUGGUUACUUUGAAGGUAAAAAAAUUUCUCAGCUGGAUACUGCUUUAGAUGAGAAAUUACAGAGAGAAGACUUCGCAUACCAAUGGCUUCAUGCACAGUUUUUGGAUUAUGAAGCAGCCAGUUCCAGAAAUUCGAAGUGCUGUCAUUUUUUGCCUGAGCUAGAUCCUGCGAUAUGUGACAAUAAACAAGUACAACUUGUGGCAAGUCCUGUAAGCAGAGAAGACAUGGAUUUAGACCUUGUUUCCAUGGCCAGUAGAAGUGCUUUGACUGAGAACAGAGAAAAAAAUAAGCCACCACACAGACACUCAGCAAGAUCCUCAAAAAAUAAUAUUUCUACUCCAGAAAAACCGUAUUUGGGUCCAUCUCAUAGAGAACGGAUAUCAUUUCGAGACCAUCCAGUGCAGCUAAGUGGAGGAUGGGGAGCAGGCAAAAAAAGGCAAAAGCUUAAAAAUAUGGACAAAGAGAUGGAGAGGGUAAUGGGACUUGAAACUUCAGUCAGUAAAGAACAUAAAUUCUUGCAUUGUGCUGUUUUAAAAAUGUACUUAAAUUAAUAUGUGAUGUUAUUUGAAUGGGAUACAUUUCUUUUCAUACGAAGUCAGAAAAAUAUGCUAAGUGUAGGGAAGGAGACAGGUUCUGUGAGAGGUGCGGCUGCGGCCGGUGCCAGCUCGCAGAGGCUGCGUGAGCCCCGCUCCGGAGCGACACCGAGGGGCUGUGUCCGGGAAGCCGGCACAGAUCCUGGCUUCCAUUCCACCAGCGACAGCUUCAUUCUCCAGUGCAGGUCCAGCCCCAUGGAUUUCUAUGCGACAUUUGACCGAAAAUAA